GGGCAACACGGCGCCAGGACUGUCCUGUUUAUUAGUAGUUUUAAGGUGAGGGAGAAGCAAAGUAAACAUUCGCGCUAGACAAACAACUGAAAUACAAGACAGAAAUGAGUUUGAGGUCCUGAAAAGAUGUUGAGACGGAUCUCGUAUUUUGUGGAGAGAGGGAUGAGAGGAGCGCGGAUCAACCAGAGGCGACAGAGGUUUAUGGCACAACUGUUCACAACUUCUGCCGAAAGCCAGCUGGAACGACUCGCAUUUUACAAGUCGCGUGAAUAACCUUUAACAAACCAAAGCUCGGAGAACAAGUUGGUCCGGGAUGCCAGACAAUAUCGCCUUUCUGACGAACAGCACAGAAUUGGGGCACGUCGGUCGCGCGUUGGGUUCGAGUGCCCGCCCCGCCUGGGCAAUAGCGGUGCUGGCCAGCGUGCUGAUCUUCACCACUGUGGUGGAUGUUUUGGGUAACCUGUUAGUCAUAAUUUCGGUGUUCAGGAAUCGGAAACUGAGAAAUGCUGGCAACGUGUUUGUUGUCAGUUUGGCCUUCGCUGACCUGGUGGUGGCUUUCUAUCCCUACCCGCUGGUCUUGUACGCGAUCUUCCAUGACGGAUGGUCUCUGGGGGAGACCCAGUGUAAAGUCAGCGGAUUCCUAAUGGGCCUGAGCGUGAUCGGCUCAGUUUUCAACAUCACUGGUAUCGCCAUCAACCGUUACUGCUACAUCUGUCACAGUUUUGCCUACGGACGUCUCUACAGCUUCCGUAACACGCUGCUGUUAGUGGCCCUGAUCUGGGCGCUCACUGUGCUGGCCAUUCUUCCCAACUUCUUUGUGGGUUCGCUGAGUUACGACCCCCGCGUUUACUCCUGCACAUUCACGCAGACUGCCAGCAGCUCCUAUACUGUGGUUGUAGUGGUGGUUCACUUCCUGGUCCCCAUCGCGGUGGUGACCUUCUGCUACCUGAGGAUUUGGGUUUUGGUGAUACAGGUGAGGCGGAAGGUGAAGAGCGAGGAACGCUCAAGGGUGAGACCCAGCGACCUGCGCAACUUUGUCACCAUGUUUGUGGUAUUUGUUUUAUUUGCAAUCUGCUGGGCUCCGCUCAAUCUAAUCGGUCUUGUGGUGGCCAUCGACCCAGAGGUCAUGGCUCCACGUAUUCCAGAGUGGCUCUUUGUGGUCAGCUACUUUAUGGCCUAUUUCAACAGUUGCCUCAACGCCAUUAUUUACGGACUCCUCAAUCGGAACUUCCGAAAGGAGUACGUGCGGAUCAUGACGUCGGUGUGGAUUCCUCGGAGGUUUGUGACUGAGACCUCCAGGGCCGCCACAGAUGGGAUGAGGAGCAAACCCUCACCAGCCAUCAAUAACAACGAGUGACUUUUGUUUUCAGCCAAUCACUGUUUAGAGGAAAACGUCAUGGAUGCAUGAAGCAAAUUUAUAUGCUCUGAACUGUGAACACUUGACUUUUUUUAAUGCUAAAAAACCAUUAUGCACAACUCAGGGUGCUUGUUUUAUUUUCAACCUAGGCUCGUUGGAAAUAUGUGACUGCUUAAAUUUCUCCAAAACCUUGUUGCUUUGGGUACAUUUCACCAAACUUUUUCAGGUGCGCUGUAAGCCAUUUCAUUUCUUUCUUCUUUGGAGAUGCAGGUUUAUUAAACAGUAGAUCGCCAUAAAAAUAACAUUCCUGUGGGUACAAAAUAGUUGUAAAAUAAUAAUAUUGUAUUGCUAGAGUAGAGUGUUUCAAAGCAAAAUUGCCAGUGUCUGGCAUGUUUAAUUUUCUUUUAAACAGUUGAACAUAAAUGUGCUAAUGCUUUAUUACAUUGCCAGAAAUGAAAUGUCAGGUGAGUGGCACAAGCAUGGUAAUACUCUUUUGCGUUUGAAAUUAACAUACCACCUAUGCUAAACCCUACCGAUAAUGUUAAAGGGACAGUUUACUCAAAAAUGAAAAUUCUGUCAUUAAUUACUCACCCUCAUGUCAUUGCAAACCUGUAAGACCUUUGUUCAUCUUCAGAACACAAGUUCAGAUUUUUUUGCUGAAAUCUGAGAGCUUUCUGACCCUGCCUGGACAGCAACGCAACUGACACGUUCAAACCCCAGACACAUAGUAAGGACUUCAUUAAAAUUCAUUUUUGGGGGAACUCUCCCUUUAAGAAAAGCAAAUGUGAGAGUCCAAUAGACAAAUUGUAGAUGAGCAAACUACGUUUGGCAGAUGUCUUACAGAUGUAAACGCAGACGUCAAAUAGACGUCUCCGAGAUCUGGUUAAGUAAUACGUGAAGUUGAGCUAGUGCAAGACAAGCGUUUGUGGUUAAAAUGUAUAUACAUUUGAAAAAAUAACAGAUGGUUUCACUAGAAAAGUCCCAUGUUCCUCAGCUGGGAUCAUGUAGAGCCCUUUGAAGCUACACUGAAACUGUACUUUCAACCAACUGAUCCCCAUUGAAGUCCACUAUAUGGAUAAAAACACUCGAAUGUUUUCCUCAAAAACCUCAGUUUCUUUUUGACUAAAAAAAGAAAGACAUGAACAUCUUGGAUGGCAUAGGGGUGUAAAACUAAAAAAAAAAAAAAAAGAAUCUUUUUAAUUCAUUUUAUUCACAUAAGGUCUUCAGCCCUGCUUCUGGGGACCCACUGUCCUGCAGAGUUUAGCUCCAACCCUAAUCAAACACACCUGAACCAGCUAAUCAGGCUCUUCAGGAUCACUUGAAAAAUCGCAGGUCAGGUGAGCUGAAGCAUGUUGGAAAUAAAAUUUGCAGAACAGAGGGGCACCAGGAGCAGGGUGAAGACCUAGGUAAUACAUUUUUUUUGAUUUGGCCACAGUAGGCACACCAAACAGUGCUAGUAGAAAUGAGAAAAACACAUUUUGCAUUAAGCCUAAAUAAGGCUUUCAGCUCUUUUGGUGGUGUGUAGAGACUUGACUCAUACCAGAGUGCUCCAAAUCGCAAAUAAAAUGCUGUACCAGGUGUGCUACUGAGCUUGUUUACUAUGUCAAAAAAGCCAUUAAAAUGGAGUGAAUUAUGUGAUGCAAACAUAAAAAAUUUUUAGUUUACAAUCGUGCACUAUGGUAAAAGUGUUUUGAGGUCGUAAGAUACUAUUAUCGAAAGAAGUGUGCAAAAAUAAGCCUUUAUUCAUUAAUAAUCUGCCCUAUACACUCUUGAAAAUAAAAAGGUUCUUUACAGCAAUGACAUAGAAGAACUAUUUUUGGUUCCACCAAGAACCAUCCAGUCAAAGGUUUUUUAAAGAACCAUCUCUUUCUUACCUUUUUAUAAUCUGAACAACCUUCUUUCACCACAAAGAACCUUUUGUGAAACAGAAAGGUUCUUCAGAUGUUAAAGGUUGUUUAUGGAACCAUUUAGACAAAAAGGUUCCUCUAUUGCAUCGUGAAGCACCUUUAUUUUCAAGAGUGUAAUCAUAAUUUGUGCGAAAAGGAAACAAAGUUUUUGGUGUUUUACUGUCUCUAGUGUUCAUUUCACCUGAAAACCGCAGUGAAUUAUUUAUUAUAAUUUAUUAUAGUAUUAUUUAUAGUUACGUUUUUGCAGAAAUGUAGGCAGUCACAUAUUUCCAGUAAACCUUGGUUGUUUAUUUUUGAUGUUGUGAUCCAUUUCAGAACACUAUUAUUAUUAUUCUCAUUAAAAAAUAUUUAACUCACAAUUUAUAUUGAAAAUGUAAAUUUUAAAUCCAUUUAUUUAUGGACUGUUUAUGAUCCAUGACUAUUUAUUGAAGACAUUUUGUACAAUUUUGUGGGUCUGUUGUAUAUAUGUUGUAUAAAUCAGUAUGCAUCACAUAUUUUAGACAUUUUCAAUUCAGAACUUCUGCCUUACACUUGAACUUUAACAUGAAAUAUGAAAAAAAUCAAUUUAUUCCAGGUGCCAAAUGUUAAUGCAUUGACAGUAAGGAUAUGAUACACCAGAUCAGUUUGUCAUAUCGUACCAAAUGAGAUUCUGAGAGCAUCCUAAUUUAAAUGUAACAUCAACAGAGCUUUAAUGAGCAAAGAGCUUCCAGCACAGCGAGAUAAAGCACAAACUUCAAAAACAAGCACUUCAUGCAGAUUCCGCAAAGAGAAAUUUAGCUUUUUCAAAGUGAACGGUGACAGCGUGCGGUCAGUCAGUCAUCAGUUUCAAUCUGUGUUCACCUCUUAUCUUUCAAACAUAAAAUGUCAUUCAUGACUUUGGGGUUAUUACUUUGCCAGGAAAUGUGCAUGACUGAAACCGUAUAUUUUCUUCAACAAAUAAUCUGCGAGUAGAACGCAGCAGGAAUUUCGAUUAAGAUAAAGGUUACUGGCAAAAGGGGAAAGUAUUAACGAGACCUGGUUUGAAUGUAUUAUUGUUAUCUGUGCUUGAUUUGACAAUGUGCCAUUUAAUCCUCCCGCCAUAACAAGACAUUCCAUGCAGUACUGUGUAAGAACAUGCUUCACCAUUGACCUAAAUAAAAGAA